CCCACUAUCGGAAGCAGCACUGAACAGCACAGUGGAAAGAGACAUACUUUGAAUAUUACAGUACAGAAGGAACUACCUCAGUGCAAUUAAGAUUCAAAAAUCUAAAAAAGGGGACCUACUGCUUUGUCUUCUCAUUAGCAAUGGCUUGGACCAACUACCAAAUAUUCCUAGCUGUUCUUAUGCUCAUCACAGGCUCAAUAAACACACUCUCAGCCAAGUGGGCUGAUAACUUUACUGCAGGAGGCUGCCAUGACUCUGCUGCACAUGCCUUUUCACAUCCAUUUCUCCAGGCAGUUGGCAUGUUCCUUGGUGAACUAAGUUGCAUUUUUGUAUUCUAUAUUGUAUUAAUACAAGACAGAAGGCAUCCAGAACCACAAAUGAACACCAAUCAAAGAUUCAAUCCAUUCCUGUUUCUUCCGCCAGCAAUGUGUGACAUGAUAGGAACCUCCAUUAUGUACGUUGCAUUGAAUCUGACCAGUGCAUCAAGCUUCCAGAUGUUGCGAGGGGCAGUAAUCAUAUUUACUGGUCUGCUGUCUGUGGCUUUUCUGGGGAGGAAGCUGACUCCGAGUCAAUGGACUGGAAUUGUCAUCACAAUAGUUGGACUUAUAGUUGUAGGACUGGCAGACCUACUGCAAGGGCACAAAGGUGAAACGCACAAGACAAGUGAAAUCAUAACAGGGGACCUGCUAAUUAUCAUUGCUCAGAUCAUUGUCGCAAUUCAGAUGGUGCUGGAAGAGAAGUUUGUUUACAAACAUGAUGUACAUCCACUUCGAGCUGUUGGAACAGAGGGAUUUUUUGGAUUUGUAGUUCUCACUUUGCUGCUUAUUCCAAUGUAUUACAUACCUGUUGGUAGUUUCAGUGGUAAUCCAAGGCAAGUCCUAGAAGAUGCUCUGGAUGCUUUUUGCCAAAUGGGAAAGAAACCUCUUAUCAUUGUAGCAAUACUGGGUAACAUCUUUAGUAUUGCAUUCUUCAACUUUGCAGGCAUUAGCGUCACUAAAGAAAUCAGUGCUACAACACGCAUGGUGUUGGACAGCUUGCGUACCAUCAUUAUCUGGGUAGUAAGUCUGGCUGUAGGCUGGGAAGUAUUCCAUGGACUUCAAAUUUUGGGAUUUAUCAUCCUGCUGUUUGGUGCAUCCUUAUACAAUGGGCUGCACAAACCACUGAUGGCUCGUAUUCCAUGGUGUAGGAGGUUCCUGAAUGAAACUGAUGACAGUGAUCGUCUUUUGCCAGAAGAUUCAGCUGUCAAUGAGUCCAGUUAACAAUGGAUGGCUAUUGCACAAUCAUGUUAUGUAACAUCUGUUUUAUUUUACAUUAUGUGUAAUCUUUACUUAAGGGUAGGUUAGCUUUUCAACCUUAAAAAAAAAAGAGAGAUGCCACUUCAUCCCUGGAUCAUUACUGACUGAUGAAUAUUAAUACACUGUUAUCGAAGCUCAGUAUGUCCUUAUUUGCAGUUUAGUAUGUAUGUUUAUCUUUAAAAAUACUAUACAGAAUUUUUAAAAUAUUGCUACUUCAAAGGGAACGAUAGCAUAUUUUUACAGGGAAAAAAUUUUAACUGUUCCAUUUGUGAACAUUGAUUAUAUUGAAGUGUGUG